AAACUUCAACAUGUCUGAACGCGAUGCUCUUUCUUCUCGAGCAAUUCCAUUCAUGGAGCUCUCGAAUGGGACAGAUGCUUCACUGACUGCUCCUCCUCCGCCGUUGCCUCAUUAUCUGAAUGCCGAAGGAAGGGCCAUGGCCCGUUUUGCUGUCGAGGGCAAUGCUNUCACCGGAGGAGCCGGAACACUCGCCCUAGCAGCCGCACGAGCACUCCUCGAACACGGACUCUCCAAUCUAUUCCUCUUCGACCUGCGCUCUACUUUUGACUCUUCCGACGACGCCAUCGAAGCUCUACACGACGAUUUCCCCUCCGCAAAGAUCAUCACAGAAGCUGUGGAUGUAACCGACGCCGAUAACGUAACUCGCGCCUUCUCUGCUGCCGCCGCUAGAGGCUCCAUUGAUAUUUUGCUUUGCUUUGCAGGUGUGGUGGGUUGUUUACACGCCAUCGAGAUGACACCUGUUCAAUGGAGAAGAACCAUCGACAUCAAUACUACUGGUUCUUUUCUGUGCGCUCAAGCUGCUGCUAAAUGCAUGCGAGAUCAAGGCACUGGUGGCAGUAUUGUGUUUACGGCAUCGAUCUCUGGCCACCGUGUUAAUUUCCCUCAACCUCAGUCUGCGUAUAAUGUCUCCAAGGCUGCUGUCAUUGCUAUGAAGAACAGUCUGGCGGCGGAGUGGGCGAGGUUUGGUAUUAGGGUUAACUCUAUCUCGCCGGGGUAUAUGGAUACGGUGUUGAACGAAGGUGCUGGAUUGGAGGAAGCGAGGAACAUUUGGGCGAGCAGGAAUCCGAUGGGGAGGAUGGGGGCAGUGNGGGAGUUGGAUGGGGUGGUGGUGUUGUUGUGUAGUGGGGCGGGGAGUUAUAUCAAUGGAGCUGAUUUUGUGGUUGAUGGGGGUGCUACUGUGUUU